UUCUAUAUGUGGGUUUGAUUCCAUCCCCUCUCUUGAACUCUCCUCUGUUAAUAUUUGGUUGAAUAGUUUUCUCAUAAAGAGCUCAGUUGUAGAGAAAAGAGGUGCAUAAUUCAUAUUGAUUUUAUUGGUUUCAGGAACUUGCUUUAAACAUGGAAACCCCCAACUCCAAGAGGCAGAAACAUAAUAAGGGUCAAGACAUGAUAAGUAACCUCCCUGACUUCAUUAUUGGUCACAUUCUUUCUUUUCUUCCUACCAAAGAUGCAGUCCGUACGAGUGUUUUAUCCAAGAGUUGGACAUAUCGCUGGACAUUCAUCACUGAUCUACACUUUGAAGAUACAGGGCGCUAUUCUAACAGGAUAGUAAGGAGAAAUUUAUUUUUGAGCUUUGUGUACAGAGUACUACUUUAUCUGAAUAGCUCAAGCAUCCAGAGUUUCUCACUUACUAUUUCAGAGAAGUAUGAACCUUGCCAUUUGGAUCAGUGGAUAUCUGUUGUUGUAAGCCGGGGAGUCAAAAAGCUUUGUGUCAAUUCAGAAAAUAAACUAACCCUUUCCUCUCAUUCCAUUAUGAAAUACAAGUCCUUAGAGCAACUGGUACUAUGUGUGGUUGGUUGUGAGAUUAAAGUUCCCACCACUGCUUGUCUUUCAUCCCUCACAGUCCUAAAUUUAUCUGGAAUUGAGUUUUUUGGUGGAACUUCUAAUAACUCUGGAAAGCUUCACCUUGAUUUCCCAGUUCUGAGAACUUAUAAGACAACAGAUUGCACUUGGUCACCAAGAAUAAAAUGUGUUACAUUAAAAGCACCUCUGCUUGAAGUGGUUUCCAUAAAGGAUGUCCGACAUCGUCUGCCUCCAUCUAAUGAAUCACACACUGCCAUGAAUUUUUGUGCUUCGAGUCUUACAAAAUUCACUUAUAAAGGUUGUCUAUCACCGGACACCAUUGUGUUUGAUUUAUCUGCAGCACAUAUUGCUUCUGCUUAUAUUGAUAUUGAACACUACAUAUAUGCGGUGGAAAAUUUGCAAGAAAUGAAUGCUCUUUGUAGUAAGCUUCUGAAGCAAUUUCAAAAUGCCAAAUGUUUGAAGUUUCAGCGAUCGUAUCAUGGAAAAGAAUUGGUUCUGCCACUAGCAAAAGAUUUAUUGGCAGAUCUUCCUACAUUUGAAAUGUUAAGUCAUAUGGAGCUAGGAAAGAUUACUGGUGAAAAUCUUUUGGCAUUACUUCUAAAAACACCAUAUUUGAAGACUCUUGUUAUUCCGUUUGGGAGUCUUGAAGGUUAUGAGAAUCAGCAUCAGUUAGGUUUUGCUAAAUUUGUGAUGGAAAAUGCUGUUGCCUUAAAGAGGAUGAGUUUCAUCGCUGACCCAAAGCUUUCCGAAACAAGUUUGGAAGAAGUUAAAGAGAAACUGUACACAUUUAAGAAAUGUUGUAGCUGUAUGAUUUUGGAAUUUUUGAACUCAAGUUAA